AAAAGGUCACGCCAAAUCAAACUUUAAUGUGAUUGUUAAGAAGGAGGUCUAUUUACCGGAAUUUCGUAAAAUACACGUGAAAAUGGUGCCUAACGCAUGCGCCAAUUUUAAUUGGACUAAACCAGUAUUUAUAAAGAUGCGUUUUGAAGCUCCUUUUCGUGUUUUGGUAGGAGGUUUUUGCCGUCCUGUGAAUCAGAUUGUAAGCGUGUAAUGGCGCCAGUAAUUGGCUUAUAUUACUUUUUAAUAUUGACGUACAGCUAUUUACUUAACAAUGGGAUGAUUACUGCAAGCAGAGUGGAUCCUACUUUUCGCCUCGGAGGAGCCAUUCGGGAAAGUGUUAACCGAGACCAAAAUGCGGAGAUUAGUGGUUUCGGCAGGUUACAAAUGGGCCGCAGCUCUCUGGUGCCGCCCAGUGCUGGGAAUGCGACCAACACUAUCGAGGCAGCUAACGGGAGUCUGGUUUACGGUCAUGGCUACCAGUCGGACCAGGUUCUUUACGAAGGUGCUCAGGAGAGACUGCAGCAGGAGAGACUGCAGCAGUUGGGGCUGUCAGUGCAGUGCAGACAUGAUGGGAUGUCCUUGAAAUUAAAGGGAAAUAGGGUUUCCCAUUUGCUGGUGGACAGAGAUGGUGCCCCACCAGUACCCCUGUCACAGCUGCCUUCCCACUGUGGCUUCUCUGUCAGACGGGCACGACGAGACGUAACACUGGUGGCUCCCUAUAAUGGCUGCCAUGUGACCAGACAGCGUGGCUAUUAUACCCUGCCGCUGCACGUCUGGGGGAUUCCUGUAAUGAUGUCCUGUCCUGUGAGUUCCUCCUCCUCUCCCCCCACGAUCUCCUGUGGCUCCUCCAGUAUGGUGGUUAUGCUGGAGGGGGCUGUAGCAGAAGAGCUUAGUGUAAAGGUGAGUGGCUCAUGGGAACCCCUGCUGGCAGUCUGUGGGAAAUGUGGUUACAACGUGGAUCAAGGCCCUGGACAGCUGCGUAUCACUGUUCCCUUUACCACACCCUGUGUGGGGCUGAUGGACUCGGGCCCCUCCUUGAGGCUGCGCUCUGCGGGUGAAGAGAUGACCCUGGUGUGCCCUUUGACAAGUACCCCUACUCCAGCUACACCUUUGCUGUAUUUCCCAUACUAUACCAUUACUACUCCAGCACCUACCACUGGUCAACCGUCCACCAGUCCCUACCUCAGUUCUGAAGAAAGUCCCAGCUGUCCAGUGGCAGCCGCCAGUGCCUCCAAUGAAGGAGGGGACGAGAUGUUCGCAGCCAGUGCAAGAGGCUGCUGCGAUUGUGCUGCAGUGCGGCUUCCUUCUGGCUCUUCUUCCUCCUCUGCUGUGUGGGGCCCUGAUGUUGUGUAUCAGGUGGGUCCUGCCAUGGGGCCUCCUGCACAGCUGCUUCUGCUCCAGGCGGAUAGCCUCUCAGUGGGGUUGUGCCAUGGCUCCUUGCAGCUGACGAGUGGGGAGCCCCUGACGCCCGCUCUGGUGUGGGCUUCUGGGCAAUGGCAUCUCUCCAGCAUCUCUCCCAUCUCUCCCCCAGCACCAGCAGACGAGCUUCACGUGCCUAGUCAGUAUUCUCGAGUGCUGCUGCUUCUCAGCUGCCACAAGAUGGUGCCCCACCAGUACCCCUGUCACAGCUGCCUUCCCACUGUGGCUUCUCUGUCAGACGGGCACGACGAGAUGUAA